CUUUGAUCAGCUGCUGGGCGAACAGAGAGGCGAAACGACAAGUGAGCGGAAAUCACCGCAGCGCCGUCGGAAGUUGCCUCCGUCCCAAAAUAAAGGCGUGAGUGUUCGGGCGCACCCGCUGACUUCGUACACGCAGAAGACUUUUAAUUUAAAAAAAAGCAAAGCUUUGCAUUAAACAUACGACAACGACCAGCCUAAGCACGAGGUUAUGUCAGUCGUGCUUAAACAUGGCUGUAAAUUUAACUUGUAAUUUGACCAAAUGUUCGCUGAGGUCAUGUGUGAUACAAUGAUUGCCUCGUGUCUUUAUUAGUUGAAACAUUUAAUAGUGUUGUUCGGUAAAAACCUUGCCUUAGGUGGUUUAUUUUGAAACGAUGACCGGAUGUAGUCAUUGCUCCGUGCUCUGUCUCGCUUGACGCCGGGGACAAAAGCCACUGAGCGCCCCGUGGCGCCCGCACAUGCACCGCACAAUCUGCGCUGUAGAUGAGCCGGCUGCGCAGAGAGCGCUCCUAAAAGGAAAGCGAUUACUAUGAUUUAUUGAAAACGUUAAAAAUCAGUUUUUACUUAGGCUUGACCUUUGUUUCAUAAGAUCAAGCGUCUGAAUUGUUUUAUUCGUGGACCAGAAAAUGGGAGCUCUUGGAAAAGUGUGUAAAUGCGCUCGCACGUCUCCACUCAUGUCUGACUCUCGGGUAAAGUGGAGCGCAGCGUUCGGGCGCGCACUUGGACUCGGCAGUUUUUUCCGUGCGUGAAAUGAAAAUCUACCAUGAUCCUGGCUUUGCAUUAACCAUGGGCGCGCACCUGCUGGAGUCCAACUCCAGCGGCAACUUGACUCCCGCCGUGUCCGAGGCUGAGGCUGUCCUGCCGGGCUACCUGGUGGUGGUCCUGUCGGUGCUCAUGGUGACUCUGGUCGUGGUCGUGGUGGCUGGAAACGCGCUGGUGAUCAUGGCUUUUAUUGUGGAUAAAACUCUGCGCAAUCAGAGCAACUACUUCUUUCUGAACCUCGCCAUUUCGGAUUUUCUCGUGGGUGCCUUCUGCAUCCCCGUAUACAUCCCAUACAACCUGACUGGCCGCUGGAUGCUGGGGAAGGGUCUCUGCAAGGUGUGGCUGGUCAUGGACUACCUGCUCUGCACUGCCUCCGUCUUCAACAUCGUCCUCAUCAGCUACGACCGCUUCCUGUCGGUCACUAGAGCAGUUAAAUACAGAGCCCAGAGGAACAUGACCCGCCAGGCCGUGUUCAAGAUGGUGGCCGUGUGGGUGCUGGCCUUCCUCCUCUACGGCCCUGCCAUCAUCUUCUGGGAGGCCAUCGUGGGCGAGAGCAUCGUCCCGGCCCACGAGUGCUACGCCGAGUUCUACUUCACCUGGUACUUCCUGCUCAGCGCCUCCACCUUCGAGUUCUUCACGCCGUUCGUGUCGGUGUCCUUCUUCAACCUCAGCAUCUACCUGAACAUCCACCGGCGGAACAAGGCGGGGGCGGCGUGCGUCGACGGCGAGGCCCAGCCCCCGAGGAGCGGCCGCAAGCGGCGGGAGGGCGCGGCCUGGUCGGCGUUCUUCGUCAAGACGCGGAAGGUGUCGUCCAGCGAGCCCACGGCCAUUUCCGCAGUGAUCGAGGACGACGACAUCCUGUCCCCGUCCUCCUGCGGGGAGCCUGACACCAGCCAGAUCUUCAUGCAGCGGGAGAGGUUCUCUCCCACCAGAAAGAACUCCCGGGUGUUCCAGCACACGGCGUCCUGCCUGGCGCCCGGCCGCAGGACGCCGGGUUCCCGCCUCACCCGCGAUAAAAAAAUAGCCAAAUCGCUGGCCAUCAUCGUGUGUACGUUUGGGAUUUGCUGGGCUCCUUACACCCUGCUCAUGAUCAUCCGCGCCGCCUGCAGCGGCGAGUGCGUGGCGCACUACUGGUACGAGAUCACGUUCUGGCUUCUGUGGCUGAACUCCGCCAUCAACCCCUUCCUGUACCCGCUGUGCCACAGCAGCUUCCGAAGAGCCUUCUCCAAGAUUCUGUGUCCUAAAAGACAAUCGGUGCAGCCUCAGUUUGAGGCUCAGUCUUGUUAGGUGAACUUCCAGCCUGCCGAGGGUCGGACACUGUAAAAACCCAUCUACUGUUCUUCCAUGCAAAGAAAAUUUGACAGAAUGUGUGACAGCAAUACUACAACCGUUGUAGAUAUAUAGUAAUAUUUUUUAGCCAGAUGAAGGGACUCAAUUCCAUCGGCCUCUAUGAAAUUCAGUCUAAUGGCCACAUGGCGCGCAUCAUUUAAAAUGUAUGCUAACCAUCACAGACAAUCUCUGCCAGCAGCCAGACGGAAGGCGUCUUACCGCUCUAAGCUGCCUUUCAUAAAAUGAAGGAAGGAAAUUCCCUUAUUCGUCCCACACUUGGGUAAUUGGUUCUCAUCUCCUGGGGGAACGGCGAACAGAUUAAGGCACCCAGGGACCGACCUGGUGCCAGAAGGGGGGUCGAACCAGGGACCUUCAGCAGCCCAGGCUGGUGAUCUACCUACUGAGAGCACCUGAAUGAGGACCUGUUGUGUACCAUACUUCAGAUAUAAGACACUGGAGCUCAGAGCCCUGGAGAUUGUUCAUUUGUCCGCCUCGAGGGAACAGCCUGGUUUUUAUGUUCCUAAUUAAAGCAACUAAAGGUGAGGGAACUAUUGACUGUUUUCUAUGGCUCCAGAAUUUCCGUGUACAUAAACUCUUCCACUUCAGAUUUCCGCUGCCGAUUGGCGAACGAAGGCCUUUCCUCUUUAAAAGGCCGCUGGGUGAACGGAAGGUUUUCAUCAAGCGGCAGCGAGUCUGACAACAAACCCGGACGCAGUUCACAGCACCUGAAAAGGAAGGAGUAAGCUGCGCUUGUUUAAUGAUUGCUGAGUGUACUUUUGUCACCGUGAUGUUUUAUAGCAUUAUAUCUGGGAAGCCGGAUGAGUCACCUGUCAUCUGAAUCUGCACUUAACGUGUCCUUGCUGAUGUUCAAAAUGUACAGAUCUAUAAAAAUGACUCAAGCAUUAAAACGUCUGUACAAUUUCA